UCACAAAUUUGAUUCUAAACGAAAUCCACACAGAGCGUCCACACCUUCUCCCCUUGAGACAUAGCCGCGACCACGGAGUCACGGACCAACCAUGGCCACUCGGCGGCUCACGCCCGACUGCUUUCCUUCCCUCCUCGCCGGAGUUCUGGCAGCCUUUCUCCACGCCGCCCUCCACGCGCCUCUCGCCGUUGCUCAAGAGCGACAGCCGCCGUGGCUGCUCUGCAGCCCCCCUCCAGACAGCGGCAUCGCCGGCAACUACACGGAGAACAGCCCGUACCAAGGCAACAUCAACCUGAUCUCAGCCACCCUCCCCAAGAACACCUCGUCGAGCCCGGUGCUGUACGCCAAGGACCGCGUCGGCUCCGUCCCGGACAUCGUGUACGCGCACGCGCUCUGCCGCGGCGACGCCAACGCCUCCGCCUGCGAGAGCUGCGUCGCCACCGCCUUCAAGGGCGCGCAGCAAGGGUGCCCGCUCGUCAAGGACGUGCUCGCCUUCUACGACCUCUGCCAGCUCCGCUUCUCCAACCGCAACUUCUUCCUGGACAACGACAACUUCAUCACCGCGUACUACCUCCAGGGCUCCAAGCUCGCCGCGGGCACGGGCACGGGCACGCCGAUGGGGGCGUUCGACGCCGCCGUCCUACUGCUUGUCAACGCGACCGCCAACUACGCCGCCGGGAACUCUUCCAGGAGAUUCGGCACCGGAGAGAUGGGCUUGGGCGAUGACAACCGCACCAGGAUCUACGCGCUGGCGCAGUGCACGCCGGACACCGCGCCGGACAUCUGCCAGACCUAUCUACAACCCAUUGUUAAUCAGCUGCCGGUGAGCUUCAGUAGUGUGAGUGGAGGCGGAAUCUUUGGGACCUGGUGCAGCUUCCGCUACGAGCUGUAUCCUUUCUUCUCCGGCAGCCCGCUGCUGCAGCUUCCGACGUUCGUUGGGACGACGCCUGCUCCUGCACCUGCGCCGCCGCCGCCAGCCACAAGUCAAGAUAAAUCGAGAAAUAAGACAGGUAUAGUCCUAGCAAUUUUGAUGCCUUCAAUUGCUGCACUGCUGGGCAUAAACAUGGUAUUAUUCUGGAUAAGGAGGAGGAGAUCAGCAGAACAACGACCUUUUCAAUCUUACUCAACUUCGUCAGAUGGCAUUCAAGGAGCCGAUAUGCUGAUUCUUGAUCUAUCAACAUUGCGAGUUGCUACAGAUGACUUUGCUGAAAGCAAAAUGCUCGGUAAAGGAGGGUUUGGUAUGGUUUAUAAGGGAGUCCUGCCUGAUGGCCAAGAAAUUGCGGUAAAGAGGCUUUGCCAGAGUUCUCGACAAGGGAUUGGAGAGCUGAAGAGUGAGCUAGUACUGGUGGCUAAGCUUCACCACAAGAACCUUGUGAGGCUUAUUGGUGUUUGCCUGCAAGAACAGGAGAAAAUACUUGUGUAUGAGUAUAUGCCCAAUCGAAGCCUUGACACCAUUCUGUUUGAUUCCGAGAGGAACAGAGAGCUGGAUUGGGGAAAGAGAUUCAAGAUCAUAACAGGAAUUGCUAAAGGCUUACAAUAUCUCCACGAGGAUUCUCAACUGAAGGUAGUCCACCGGGACCUGAAAGCAAGUAAUGUUCUAUUAGACCUGGAUUACGUACCUAAGAUCUCUGACUUCGGCCUGGCAAAGAUUUUUGGCGGAGAUGAGUCUAAGUGUGUCACUCAUCGUGUUGCCGGGACAUAUGGAUACAUGGCACCUGAAUACGCGAUGCGUGGCCUGUAUUCGAUCAAGUCGGACGUGUUUAGCUUCGGUGUUUUGGUUCUGGAGAUUGUUACCGGGAGAAGGAACGGUGGCCUAUACAACAGCGACCAAGAUGUUGACCUCUUAAAUCUUGUGUGGGAGCACUGGGACAGAGGAAACGUCAUCGAGCUGAUCGACCCAUCACUGAGCGACCAUCAUCAUCAUCCUCCCAUUGAGCAGAUGCUCAAGUGCCUCCACAUCGGGCUUCUGUGUGUGCAGAGGAAACCGGCGGCGAGGCCGAUGAUGUCGUGGGUCAGCGUCAUGCUCUGCAGCAGCACGGUGCGUCUCCCUUCGCUGUCCAGGCCAGCCUUGUGCGUCCAGGAGGUUGUCACUGCCACUGACGACGACAGCUCGUCAGGAGCUUCAGCGUUGUUGUGCGCGGCAGAAAGUUCAGUGAUGACGACGAUAAUGUCAUGUAACGACGCAUCAAUCACGGAGCUUUUGCCUAGAUGAUGAUAAGACGCCGUCCAGGGCCAGGGUUGUCUGAACCAAAUGGAUCUUGAUGCACCAGUUUUGUGCUACUCCUAUUACUUUGUAGUAUUAAUCUAUAUUUAUAUUCUUUCUUUCUUUCA